CAAAAGUACAAUAUUCAACAAACCGCUUACUUUAAAAUCAGUUGCGAUUAUACUAAAAGGAGCGUUGCAGUUUAGUCGCGUCGCGUCUGCCUAACCGUCUCUCUUCUAGUGUUUGUUCUAGUCAGUCAGUCACUCCUCCUCCAUACAAACAACCCACAGAGAUCAGAGAACCCGCCUGUGUGUAACGCGUGGAUUGUGUAGACGACCGCUGGAUUGAACGGCGGUGCCGCUUCUCAGCACAGGCUUUACAUAUGAGAAGCUUUAUAGAUAGAACGCACAUUAUCAUUUCUGCAACGCUUAUAAGCAUGCGUGUUAUUGAAGGAAUAAGAAGUGACUGCGCGUGAUAUAGUCACUGAAUGACAGCAUGGCUAAACGAAGCACACUAUUCAUCAGGAUUGUGGAAGGAAAGAACCUGCCAAUCAAGGACAUAACUGGAAGCAGUGAUCCAUACUGCAUCGUGAAAAUUGAUAAUGAGGCGAUAAUUCGGACAGCAACAAUAUGGAAGACACUGUCUCCGUUUUGGGGCGAAGAAUACACUGUCCAUCUUUCUCCCUACUUUCGGACAGUGUCUUUUUAUGUGCUGGAUGAGGACUCUCUCAGCCGAGAUGAUGUCAUUGGGAAGGUGUCAAUCAGUAGGGAGGUUCUCACUGCUAAACCUCAAGGUGUUGAUGGAUGGAUGAACUUAACAGAGAUUGACCCAGAUGAGGAGGUGCAAGGGGAGAUUCACCUCCAGAUCUCUGCGCUGGGAGAUGGAGAUAUCCCACGGAAACUGUGCUGCCAAGUCCUAGAGGCAAGAGAUCUUGCAAAAAAGGAUCGCAACGGGGCCUCUGAUCCUUUUGUUAGAGUGAGGUACAAUGGCAAAACCCAUGAGAGUGCGGUGGUUAAGAAGUCCUGUUACCCACGCUGGAACGAGAGUUUUGAGUUUGAGCUGGACGAGGCGCUGGCUGACAGCCUUUUGAGUGUGGAGGUGUGGGACUGGGAUCUGGUCAGCAGAAACGACUUCCUUGGAAAGGUCCUGUUCAACAUCAACAAGCUUCAGUCUGCCCAGCAAGAGGAGGGCUGGUUUCGCCUAGGGCCUGACAAAUCUAAACACAGUGAAUAUGAAGGAACUCUGGGUUCUCUCCGGCUUCAGCUACGGCUUCGAGACGAGGUUGUGUUGCCAUCCAGCCAUUACAAGCCACUCACAGAGCUACUCAGCCAGUCGGUCGGCUCUCAGCUCAACGGAAACUGGCCUGAUUUCAUCAUGCUGAUUGAUGAGACCACUACAGCUGAGAGCAGACAGGAAGUGGCUAAUAAUCUGGUGAAGCUGUUUUUGGGUCAAGGGCUUGUCAAGGAGUUCUUGGAUGUUCUGUUCAAACUGGAGCUGGAUAAGACUACUGAACCCAACACACUGUUCCGCAGUAACUCAUUAGCAUCCAAGUCUAUGGAAUCAUUUUUGAAGGUGGCUGGGAUGCAGUAUCUGCACAGGCUUCUGGGCCCCAUAAUAAACCGAAUAUUUGAAGAAAAGAAAUAUGUGGAACUGGACCCCAGUAAAGUAGAACUGAAAGAGGCAGGGUGUGCAGGUUUGCACCGUCAGCAGACUGAGUCUGAUAUUAUUCAGCAGAGCUCCAGCCUCCUGCAGUCGUACCUGUCUGAGCUGCUCACCUCCAUCCUGCAGUCGGCCUCCUACUGCCCGCUGCUCAUCUGCCAGGCUUUCCAUCAACUCUACCUCAGAGUGCAGAAACGCUUCCCUGACCCAGAGUACCGGAAGGUGAAGUUCAUUGCUGUGACCAGCUUCCUGUGUCUGCGGUUCAUCUCACCUGCCAUCAUGUCUCCAAAAUUAUUUCACCUGCGUGAGAAACAUGCUGAUGCCCGUACGAGCCGCACACUCCUGCUACUUGCCAAAGCUGUGCAGACCAUUGGGAAUAUGGACACUCUCGCAUGUUGCUCUAAAGAGCCAUGGAUGGUCUGUUUGCAGCCAGCCAUACAGCAAGGCAUCACCCAGCUCAAAGACUUCAUCACAAAACUGGUCAACUGCCACGAGUCAGAGGAUCUUGAGCUUCAGACACGAAUGAGCCUACAGUGUGGCACUAUGGAGAAAGAAGGCUUCCUCUUACUCCACAGGACCAAGGACAAGUGUAUGCCCAUGACAUCACCCUUUAAGAAGUACUAUGUCACGCUUAGUAAAGACACUCUGUCCUACUCGCGGACGCAACACUCUAAGAAGAGCUCGUCUAUUUCGCUGCCAAAGAUCCGGGCGGUAGAGAAGGUGGAGGAGAAGUGCUUCGGUAAUGCCAACGUCAUGCAGAUUAUCUCAAGCGAAGACUCGGGCCAGCAGGAAACCCUGUACCUCGACUGCAAAAGUGUAAAUGAGUUGAAUCACUGGCUGUCAGCUUUGAGGAAAGCCUGCAGUCACAACACAAACACUAUGAGCUGCUAUCAUCCUGGCAUCUAUAAAGCAGACAGAUGGAGCUGCUGCCAUCAGAAGGAGAAAUCAGACCAAGGCUGUGAUAAAACCAGACAUGGAGUAACUCUGCAGGAGUGGUAUGACCCACUGGACCCAGACCUGGAGGCUCAGCUCAUCUACCAACAUCUCAGUAGUGUCCAGCAUGCCAUGCGAGAUACGUAUUUUAAGUUGAGAGAGCAGCAGGGAGUUCAGGAGGCAGAUUCAGUAAGAGACCAGAAGAAAGCAGAUGGACUAUCAAAUCUCUUCAGUAUUCUCCAAGACCUACAUGAUGCACAUGCGGCGGUGGAGGAAGAGGAGAGACUGAAGAAUAAAAACUUUUUCUUGGAAUUACAAACGUAAACAAAAGGACUUUUUGUUUUGCAUUUCAUAAUUCACAGUGUCAUUCAGUCACUGAGCGCAUUAACGCAGGAUUCAGAACAAGAAAUCCAAAAAAAAAAAGAUGUAAGUUGGAUUAGUUCACGUGUUCUUGAACGUUUGAACCGAUUUUUGGUGCAUAGAUGGAUAUUUAGAGGGCUGUGAUCACAAACCCUUUAUUAGUCGUGGUGUGUAUUUGGUAUGAAGGCAAGCUGAAUUUCAGCAUAGUUUUAACUUACUGCAAUGAUUUCAGUAGGUUGGUAACUCAACAACAGUGUCUUGUUGGCAUUUCUGCAGGUUUUACAUGUAUUCAGACAUGCUAUAUUUGUUUUAACUUU